AUGAAGAUGUUUAACUCUUCUCAAACCCUAAUAUUCGUGGUUAUAGCUCUCGUCCUAGCUUUUGCAGUUCCUCUGAAAGCCCAAGACCGGCCACAAGACUACCUCGCUGUACACAACCGUGCUCGAGCCAGAGUUGGUGUCCGUCCUAUCAAAUGGCAUGCGGACGUGGCGGCAUACGCCAGACAAUAUGCUCGGCGAAGGCGUGGGGACUGUCGUCUCGUUCACUCAGACGGGCGUUACGGUGAAAACUUGGCAGGGAGCACUGGUGACUUGUCCGGAGCUGCCGCAGUGAGAUUGUGGGUCAGCGAGAGGUCUGACUACUUCUAUGAUUCCAACACGUGUCGCUCAGGAAAAGCAUGUGGUCACUAUACUCAAGUUGUGUGGAGAAACUCGGAGUGGGUUGGGUGUGCAAAAGUCAGGUGUAACAAUGGUGGAACCUUCAUCAUUUGCAGUUAUUCUCGUCCUGGUAAUGUUAGGGGCCGUAAGCCUUACUAA